CUACUGUCGAUUUUGGCUUUGCGCAUGCUCAAUAAUAUCUAGUGGUUACUAUACCCGGAAAAUAACGAGUUCGAGGCAGAACAUUACUUCUCUCUUUGAUCUGAAUUAUUCCGUAUUAACGGAAGUCUGCCAUAAUGCGACGUUUCGGUUCUGUGCAGCAAAAGAUAUCUUGUGUGUUUUUGACUGAGGUGAAAGAGGAACAAUCCAGAAAACGCGAAUGUCAACAAUUUCAGGUUGUAGCCACUGAAAAUGUGAACCCUAUAGCACUGGAAUCGAAUAUUGACUGUGCACUUGCCACAGAAAAGCUGGAUGGCACCUGCUGCUAUGUUUCAAUUUAUAAAGGGCAAUCAUACCUCUGGGCUCGACUAGAUCGGAAGCCCACCAAGCAGGCAGACAAGAGGUUCAAGAAGCAUCAGUAUUCCCACAAAAGUUACAAAGGUUUCACCUGGAAUGUGAAAGAAGACUUUAAGACGGUUCCAGAGUCUUGGGUCCCGGCACACAGAGUUCAGCACCACAAUGGACAGCCUGUACCAGAUGACCACGGACACAUCCCAGGUUGGGUUCCAGUGGAGAAAGACAACAAGCAGUACUGUUGGCACUCGUCUGUUGUGGACUAUGAUGCUGGUGUAGCGCUGGUUCUGAGGCCCAGUGCUGAGAAUGAAGACCUGCUAGAGAUCACCAUGGUACCACUGGCUGAUCUCCUGGAGCAAACCCUGGAGCUUAUUGGAACCAACGUCAAUGGGAACCCAUAUGGGUUGGGAAGUAAAAAGCAGCCUGUCCACGUCCUGGUUGCCCAUGGGAGUGUACACAUCAGGAACCCUCCCCCGGUGGACUACCAGCAGUUGUGUUCCUGGUUCCAGGACAGCCAGGAGGGCCGUGUUGAGGGCAUUGUCUGGCACUGUAAUGACGGGACACUGGUCAAGCUCCAUCGUCAUCACCUGGGGCUGAGAUGGCCGGAUGGCGACACCAUCCUGAACGCUCGGCCUGUGGUCGUCCACGUCGACGGGACCAUACGAGAGUAUGACAUCACCAGCAAGGACUUGUUUACAUCUCUAUCCCAGUUAAACGGACAUCGCUUCAGCAGACUGCAGGACAUCCAGUUUGACCCUUAACCUUUAUUUAACCAGGAAGUCCUAUUUAGGUCAGAAGACCUUUAUCCCUAAAUCCACCAGGAGCUGCCCGGAGUCUUAAGAAACAUUCCUGUUUGUAAUAAUUCAUGGGUCGGUCAGGCUCACUUGGGGUAAUAAUGUCUCAUAGUGAUUAUGUGAAGGUCUAUGUCCUUAGAGUUGGAAAUGUGAGAUGGCAGUGCAGCAAUGGCAGCUUUCUGUGUUAUCACUUUCAUUCAUCCCUCCAUCCCAUUAAUUUUUCCCAUAGGGAUUUUACCCUAUGACAGACAAUGUCAGUAUACAACAAGUUAUUGCUCACGUAUACCCUGUAAUCAUAUAGCAUUAGAAAGCUUAGAUUCACAGCUAUCCAUCAGAUACAUUCUCGCAAUGUUCAGGUCAACAGAACUUUGACCUCUAUGGUACAUAUUAGAUGGACCUGUAUAAAUUGCUUUAAAAAGGAAAUCCGCAUACAUUUAAAACUUUGUUUAACAAGUCAUGAAAUUACAUUUCAAAUGAUAUAUAAUAUUACCUACUUUGAAUGCGCUAGCUACAACUAUUGUAAAAAUAAAAUCACCCAUAUUGUGCCGUUGACAUUAGAACAUUUUAAGCUUAACCAUUGAAUUACAUGUAAUGGGGCAGCUACGCUUUUGGAUUGUAUCUUCGGUGAUAGGAACACCACAUUUCACACGCUCAGCUAGAACAGGGUUUAAAACAUAUUUGUAGAUACAGGGCCACUACAGCAUUAACCUCACUGAAGCCUUUUUCCAAUAUGGCCGCCAAACAACUCAAUUGGGUGUUAUCGGAUACAUUUUGCAUUACCAUACCUGUAUGGAAUAUAAUUGUAUUAGAAUACAUCUUGAUUUAGACUAACUAUGUGUAAUGGUUUGCUGCUCUCAUCAUCCAGAUAUUAGGUUAAAACGUAUUGGCAUUCCUAUGGAAUUUUACAUUGUAAUGUAUGCAGUCGUCUGUUAAUGAAAACAGUUAAUAUAAUUUUCAUCAGCUCACAUCCACGUCUAUUCACAUGUACAUAUCCAUGUUUGAAGAUUAAAUAUAGCAAUUACUGAUCAUAACAGCUUCUUGGGCAUAUUCUAACCACAAUUAUGUCAAGUCAUUUAACAUUGUUAUAUGUUAUAGCACACCUGGCUAAUUUGGUUGUGUAUUCUACAUCACUAAGAACAUUUCAAGAUAUUGGGAAUAAUAUCAUUUUUUUCAUACAGGUAUGGUAAUGCAACAUUUAUCCAAUAAGACCCUUUUUAGUUGUUUGGCGGCCAUGUUGGGGGAAAAAAUUAUGUGGGGUUCAUGCGUGAAUCCUGUGAUGGUCCUGAACACUCUUAAGAAUGUCUCUGAUGGAACGCAGAGAAAGCUACCAUUGCUGUACUACUAUCACACAUUUUCUAACUCGAGGGACAGACCUUAAGAAAUCACUGAGAUGUCGUCACCACAAGAGAGCCUGACGGUCCAGAUUUAGGGGCCUUGCUCCAGGACUGUAAGCUUCCAUACUGUAUUACCAUUAGUAUGGUUGAACCAGACUAAAUAGUGGGGUCACCAGUCACAAUGGUGAGUGCAGUGUUCAAUCUGGUUUAACCUGGCUAUAUGUCUUCCAAUAUGAACGAACCUGCCCAAUAAAAAGCCUGUAAAUAUAUUGAAUAUGUGCAGCCUAAGUAUCAUGUAAAUGUACAUAUAUUUUGACCAAAUAUCUAUUUCAAAAGCUAUUCCAAAUGGUUUUUGCCCUUAAAUUAAAAGCACAGUUUGGCCACUGAUGUACACAUAUGCACAUUAAAUCUACUUUAUUGAUAGAAGUAACGCAAUAGAAAACGUAUCAAACACAAUCUAGCCAACAUACUGUGCCUUCAGAAAGUAUUCACACCCCUUAACUUUUUACACAUUUUGUUGUGUUGCAGCCUGAAUUUAAAAUUUAUUAAAUUGAGAUUUUGUGUCACUGGCCUCCACACAAUACCUCAAUGUCCAAGUGGAAUUAUGUUUUUAAAUUAAAAAAGAAAAGCUGAAAUGUCUUAA